UUAGCUUAUAACUUCUCACUGCUCCAGCUCUUCCGUGGCGACACUAUCCUCAUCAAGGGCAAGAAAAGGAAGGAUACUGUUUGCAUAGCUCUUGCUGAUGACACCUGUGAAGAGCCCAAGAUCAGGAUGAACAAAGUUGUGAGGUCGAAUUUGCGGGUUCGUCUUGGAGAUGUUGUGUCCAUGCACCAGUUCUCUGAUGUGAAGUAUGGGAAACAUGUGCACAUUCUGCCUAUUGAUGAUACCAUUGAAGGUGUCACUGGCAAUCUGUUUGAUGCUUUCUUGAAACCUUACUUCUUGGAAGCUUAUCGUCUUGUCAGAAAAGGAGAUCUAUUUCUUGUCCAUGGAGGGAUGAGAAGUGUGGAGUUUAAGGUCAUUGAAACUGAUCCUGGGGAGUACUAUGUGGUUGCUACAGAUACUGAAAUCUUUUGUGAGGGGGAGCCUUUGAAAUGAGAGGAUGAAGAGAGGCUGGAUGAAGUUGGAUAUGAUGAUGUGGGUGGAGUCAGGAAACAAAUGGCACAAAUUCGUGAGUUGGUAGAGCUUCCCUUGAGGCAUCCACAACUCUUUAAGUCGAUUGGUGUGAAACCACCCAAAGGUAUUCUACUUUAUGGACCCCCUGGUUCCGGGAAGACAGUGAUAGCAAGAGCUGUUGCUAAUGAAACGGGAGCUUUCUUCUUUUAUAUAAAUGGACCGGAGAUUAUGUCCAAACUGGUAGGAGAGAGUGAAAGCAAUAUGAGGAAAGCAUUUGAAGAGGCUGAAAAGAAUGCACCAUCCAUCAUCUUCAUUGAUGAAAUCGAUUCUAUUGCACCCAAGAGGGAGAAGACACAUGGUGAAGUUGAAAGGAGGAUUGUUUCAUAGCUUUUGACUCUUAUGGAUGGAUUGAAAUCUCGUGCUCAUGUUAUCGUUAUUGGAGCUACCAAUCGCCCAAACAGCAUUGACCCAGCAUUGAGAAGGUUCGGUAGAUUUGAUAGGGAAAUUGAUAUUGGUGUUCCUGAUGAAGUUGGCCGACUUGAAGUUCUUCGUAUACACACUAAAAACAUGAAGCUCUCUGAUGAU